AUGAAUACUGAUCCCGAGACUAUUGGUAUAACGUUUACUGAUAGCGAGGAACGGCUCAUGGAAGAUGUCCAAAUGCGGAAUCUAAAGACAUAUCUGGCACCUGUAUCUGAUAGCUCCUCCUCGAGUGCUAUCGUGGUUUCCAACCAAAUCGAUAUUACCCAUGAGACUCAACGCAGUCAAGACAUCAAACAGCCUGUCCCAAAAGCACCUGAUUCAUGGUAA